CCCGCCCCCACCUGCCCGACCCGGGCUGUUUGCGGCGCCGUUGCCAGGGAAGACGGAGCGCGCCGCCGCCGCCGCCCCUCUGCAGCGCCUGGAGGGGGGGGGGGGCAGACAAGCCGGGCAGCCGCAGCCGCAGCAGGGCCCAGCCGCCGCCACCCCGCCCGCCCGCCCGCCCGCAUGCACGAUGGCCCGAGAAGCCGGGCGCUGACGGCUCAUCGGCGGGGGCGGGCGGCAGCAGCGGCGCCAUGGUCUCCUGGGUCAUCUCCCGGCUGGUGGUGCUCAUAUUCGGCACUCUAUACCCCGCAUAUUACUCUUACAAAGCUGUAAAAUCGAAGGAUAUUAAAGAAUAUGUAAAAUGGAUGAUGUAUUGGAUCAUAUUUGCCAUCUUCACAACAGUAGAGACAUUCACAGACAUUUUUCUUUGCUGGUUUCCAUUUUAUUAUGAACUCAAAAUAGCUUUUGUAGCUUGGUUGUUGUCUCCAUACACAAAGGGGUCCAGCCUGCUAUACAGAAAAUUUGUACACCCAACACUGUCCUCAAAAGAGAAGGAAAUUGAUGACUGCCUAAUCCAAGCAAAAGAUCGAAGUUAUGAUGCCCUGGUGCAUUUUGGAAAACGAGGAUUGAAUGUUGCAGCAACAGCUGCUGUGAUGGCAGCUUCCAAGGGUCAAGGAGCUCUCUCAGAAAGACUCCGGAGCUUCAGCAUGCAAGACCUCACCACCAUUCGAGGAGAGAGCAGCAGCGCUGUGUCCCCACCUCCUUCUGCCCCGACCAUUUCAGUUCGGAAAAGCAUCAAGCAGAGCCAGCCCAAAACAGCCAGAACUGCAUCAGGAAGUGCUGGAUGUUUAGUGUGUUCAUGUUGUUUGGAGGGCCGAAUCAUCGUAGAGGGUGAGGCAGAGUGUGGAGUUGUAUCUGAGGAAAGCAGUGAACCAGCUAAAGGCGUAUUUCCUUAUGAUGAAAACUCUUUUGAAUGUGCAUCCAAGACUAAAAGAGAUGAAGCCAUUGAGAGACCCUUCUGUGAGUUCCUAUGCUCGCCAUCUGAUCAGUGCAAGAUCAGUAAUGAAACAGAGCCAACCAUACAGGCACCACCCAGAAGCCUUAGGCCUCGCUUCCGGAAGAAAAGCACCUCACCACUUACCAGUGAAACCCUGUGAAGAGCAAGUGGCAUCAACAGAAUGUCUCUCCUCUGCCUUAAAGGUCUAUUUCAUUAUUAACAUUGAAAGACCAGUGGUGAGGUUGGCAGAGGGUCGAUGAUGCAGCGCUGCAGACUUGGCUGUUCUCACUUUCCUUCUGCUGUUUGCGGAUGCUGCAGAGGCGGCCAGAACUGCUGAACAGGCAGCAGCAAUCUCGGAGCAUCCCCACUUCUCCUGACUCCCUGCAUAUUUUUCAUUUUUAAAUUUGUUUUUCUCUAGCCACCUUCCAGCUACACUGACUGGACUGUAUAUUUGUAAUUAUUUAGUUUCAUCUUCUUCGUUUUAGCUCUGUGAAUGAAAACAGGAAAACCUGUUCUAAAUAGUUGAAAUAUUAUUUAUUUGGUUUUAUAAUAUAUGAAGUGGCGGGGGGGGGGGAUGGAUUUUUCUACACAAGCUGUCAUCACCUUAGCAAGUCUGUGAAUGAUGUGAACAAAAACCUUUUAAUUCUUUCGACAUACAUUGAAAAGCUUUAUCUCAAUUUCUGUUAUCUUGUUGGUUAUCACGUGUACUUGUAAUGAAUUACUUCAUUGGAAAAGUGAGGUGAGAGUAGAGCUGAAGAAACACAGUGACAAAAAAUAAGUGAACUAUCACAAUUUAUAGCCUUAGUUUUGAUACGACUAAACAAGGGAUGUUUCCAUACAGAUGUUUUACUUUGCCUUGGCCCUCUUUUCAGGAGCAUCCACAUGAUGCUGGCCUCUACUUGUCCUGCUUCCAUGUUUUUUACCACUUUGCAACAGUCUUUCUCAAAGUUGGUUUGUUAUAAUUUUUUUGGAAAGAUUUGCAGUCAUAGUGCCUUUGGAUACCAUGCAGAUAGGAGUAUGGAUUGGGGGACGGGGAGGCUUUAAAAUAUUAGGAAUUGUCAGAUAAUUUUACUGCUUCAUUGUUGUAAUAAUUUAUUACAAAAUGUACUAGUCCCCAACUUUCAUUUUUAAAAAAAUGCAUUUAGCGUUUUUGUCAGAGUUAUAAAGCGAAAUGUGUAGCAUGCACUUUCUCCUUACAACCCUGCAACAAAAAGGAUCUGGAGGCUUGCUAUUUUUAAAAAUGAAAGAUAGUAUAUCAUUAUGUGCUAACUGGUUUGGCAAUUCCUGAUUUUUUAAAGACCCCCUAGUAGAGGGGAAGGAAUUGCUCCCUAUGGGGAAUAAUGUUUUGCGGAUGAUUUAGAUUAAGGCUGCUGUACAAAACAUAUUGAUGUGAUUCACACAUGCAGGAGAAAGAGAUGAGAAUGAAAUGGUAGACUCCUGAGAUCAUAGAAUGGACUGCGCCUCUUUAGACUACACCGGGAGGAUCACAUUUUGGAAUGCUUCCCUACAAGGAGAUGUAAAUUGUCUGAAAGUUUUCAAGCUCUGAAGGGAAAAUUAGGUGGGGAGAAUGAAAUUUUGUGGGAAACUGAAAUAUAUGGAGUACUUUCCUAUCAAAGCCAAACAUUUCCCCUCCUUUUACAAUAUAAAACAUAGGAUUAAUAACUAGGCUAGUAUAUAAAAUUGUACUGCCCAGCAUAUUUAUGAAUUUAGAAGUAUAAAUGCCUUAGUUUUCUUCAAAUAAAACUGCAAAUAUACCUAGCACAUGAGAGAGAUGCACUGCUGUGCGUGCCUCUUCCUCUUUGUCAUGAGAAGUGAGAAAUGUAACAGCUGAAAUCAGAAAUAAAGAAAAUAUAUCAUUUGGACAGAAACAGUCUCCUACAAUAACAAUGAGGACUGCCCGCAUGUCUGGAUAUCAAAUUCAGCUUUAUCACUCAUUAAUAUAAUAUUAUUAAAUACAUUAUAGCUUAGCUUAUUAGUCAUAUUUAAACAACGAACAUAUCCUUGAAAAUAUCUUGCAUGUGUCAACAGUAUACACAGGAAUUUUAGUUAAAUGCCUUAGAUAAAAUCUGCAUAUUACACAUUUUCAGUAACACUUUGUCUUAAUUUUUUUCACUUUUUCAAAAGAAUAUUUUUUUCUUAGAACUUCACAAAACUUCCUUUCCCCCCCUUUCUUUCUCAAAAGAAAGAGGCUAAAAAGGAGAGUAAAAGCUUUCAUCUGUGGUGAUAUUUUUCUGUUUGCAUGGAAAUUAUUUUAGAAGGAACAUUUUGAAUGGGUAUCCAUCACCAGCCAAGUGGCUCAGCCCAUUCUACCAUCUCAUUCUCCGGCAUGUGCAAACCAACCUCCAUUUGGCUGAAAUUUUCCAAGAAAAGAUGAUGAGGGUUGUGUCUCUGAAAUGAAAAAAGCUUAAAUGAACUUAUAAAUCUCAACAGCAGUUUUAGAAGACACUGGCAGAAAGCAUUCAAGCAUAUUUUGUAAUAAUAAAAGCUAAUAUGUAAGUCAGCUCUCAUUAAAACGCUGGUUGGUGUGCAUGCCAACUCCACCUUGCCUGCCCGAGGAUUUUAAUUCUAAAGGUUUCCCCGGCAUGUAUAUACUAGUUUCGCUCAGAGAAGGACAGCAAGAGAUUGCAGAUGUAGUUUGGAAAGAAUUUUGACGGUGGUCUAGUUUCUGACGUAUUAGAUAGCAAUAUCAUGUAGCUUAGAUGAUACAUCAGUAGUGUUAGAGAAGUGUUAAAGGAAAAAUAAAGAGAGAGUUCUAGGAUAUACAUUUGUCCUUCAGACUAAUGUAUUCUGCAAGUAUAAAGCAUGCGAAAUUGAGAAUUCUGUAGCCUUUUGUGUUUGCUGUUAGAUCAGUAUUGUUGUCUAGGAAAAAUGCAGCAUGGCAAGACAUAAAGAUCUUGCUGCUGAUAAAGAUUACAAGAGAUAUUGCUAACCUCCUUUAGGCAAAGCUGUGAUGUAGUGGCAGGCAGCACAAUUUGGGGGGGGGAAGGUUGCUGUUCUGUGGCACAGCCAUAGCACAGCUGGCACAAGCUCUCGUUCCGGAGAUGCAGUGGUAUGUGCUGCUGCCACACCACUUCCUAGCACUGGUGAAAAUGACCCUUAAAACUGGUGCAAGUGCCAUUUUCUUCCACAACAUUUCCCCUCCCCCACACCCCUUGUGGAUUGAGCUGUUAGUGUUUCAGGAUCCCAAAAUUAACAUUAUGAACUGACCUUGUAAAACCUCUGUCAGAUUAAGGAUCCAUAAUUUAUUCUCCCUUUUAAUGCUAGAACAUGCUGAAGUUUUUGGAAAGCCUUAAAAAGCGCCCCCAUGACAGAGGCGUGCCUCAGCCUCGCCGCCCUCUUGAAUCCAUUGUCAUUUCAGUUGGUGAAUCAAGAAUGGAGAGAGCAGGUUCAAAAUAUUCAAGCAGAGCAUGUGCAUCAGAACUUUCUUUUGUGGGGAGGGGGUCAGCUUGAUUAUUUGUAGAAAAUCUGUAUAUUUUCACACACAAAAUAUUUCAAAAAUUGCUAACGAUUGUAGCUGAAAUUAUAUUUUAUCACUAUGUUGUAUGUGAUGGAAUAAAAUGGGGGGGGGGGAGUUUACAAUCAGGAGAAUAAAAUUGGCAACGGGGAGUUUACAACUCAAUUAUGCCAAAAAUACAAAUUACAAAUACAAAAUACACACCAAGUUAAUAGAUGUUUAUCUGAUCUGCAGUUUUGAGUCAGUAUUAGUGUAGUGGUUAAGCGCAGUGAAUUCUAAUUGGGAGAAUGGGUUUGAUUCCCAACCAUGGUUCUCUCAGAACUCUCUCAGCCUCACCUAUUGUGAGGAGGAGGAGGGGAAGGGAAGGUGGCUGCAAGCUGUUUCGAGAUUCAUUAAGCGGUAAAGAAAAGCAGGGUAUAAAAACCAACUUUUCUACCUAUGAAGCCUCUUUUAAAGUGAUGGGACAUUUUUUCCCAAGCUAGUUGGCAACCUGGAAGUAUAUGCAACUGUAUAAUCUGUUACAGAUAAUAAUUUGGGAAAAACGGCCAGCUCAAAGCGUAACAUGGAGAAUAACAGCUUUUCUUUAAUGGCCCCCACACAAGUGCUCUUCUAAUUAUCAUGAAGUGGCAUCAUUAAGGAUGCCAACAAUGAACACACCCUGUUCUUAACAAAACAAUUUUUGGAAGCAACUGUGGAAGUCUGUAAUACAUGGUAUUCUGGCAUCUUAUUCUGGCUUCAAUUCAAGGAGGACAGCAGGAGAGGGGUGAGGGUGAGCCAGCAGGGCUGCUACAACCAACAGAACGUCACCACCCAUGACGACAGCCCUGGCAAAGGUCUGUACGUUGUUCUUCCACAAAGCGUUUCCCCUUGGGAUCACUCCUAGCAGAUGCACACAGCCUCUCCCCUACCACACAGCCUGCCAAGCUGAGGGCUCCAAAUCGGUCUGAUUCCUUGGAGAAUCUCCUCUGCCUGCCCACUGUACCAGUGAAGAUGCUGUUUGUCUGUGAAAUGGGACCACUUUUUCCCCACACUUCUAAAAUUUGGCAUCUCAUUUAUAGCUUGCCUUUCUCAAUGAGACUCAAGGUGGAUCUCAUGAGAGGGGUAUCAUCUCUAAAAAAUUUAUCCCAGUUGGCUGGGAAGUCAACAGUUACAGCUAGAAAAAUUUCAGAGGGUUCCAGGCUGGUCUGCAAUAGAACAGUUAGACCCAGGGGAGAAGCUUUUGAGUGUCAAAUCUAACAGCUAGAAAUACCCCUCGAAACCAAUAUAGAAGAAUAAAAUAGACUAGAGAAAAUAAACGCAUAACUAUAACUAUAAAGUAAAAGAUUUAAAGGGCAAAAUGAACUGAGAGCCAAUAUAAAUAAAAUCUGAGCGCAUACCUAUAUUUUAUUGUUAAAGCAAAUCAAAGAGAACUUUCAUGCAGAGCUCUAGAACUUACAAAAACAUUAAAAAGGUGAGACAUUGAGCCAGUGAGGUGUAGUGAACACAAUGUUAGCUUAGGAUCUGGGGAACAAAGUAAAAAAUAGUCCAGUCUCUCUCUUUCAGUCUAACCUACCUCGCCGAGUUGUGAGAGAAAUGAACUAGAGGAGAACUAUGUAUAGCACCUUGAACAUCCGUCUUGGAGAAAGAGUAGGAUAAAAAAAAAGUACUAAUUUAUAAUAGUAGCGAAAUAUCUGGCUCCCUAGCAAGAUAUACUGCCUAUUAUCUUCAAACCAUAUUCUACAAUCUGUGUACUUAAAGAACUGAUGUGAUAAUGUACUGUGAUGGUUAACUCUUCUGUUUUGAUGUUUAUUUUGGAUAUCUGUUUUGCACUUCACACACGAUUUAAAAUUAUAACAAACACUGUAUGUUGAAAAGUGAUACAUCUUGAUGACCAAUAUCUGAAGUUGUAUAAUAGAGUUUCUUUCCUGUGAUUGAUAGUAAUGCCAUUCUAGCAUGAAAGUUGUAAUAAUGCAUGUUAUGGUCAAACAUUGAUAGUAUUUUGCUGGUUGUGUUAUAUUGCUUGAUACACAUCUUGAAAAUAAAGUCUUAAAUUUUCUUUUUAACCCCCCCUCCCAACCUUUACACAGUAAAUAUUUAACAUGACUUUGUAUCAUUAGUAUCACUAUCCCUGUAGUUGUGUACCUCUAUAGCAUUUGUCGUGCUAAACCAAUAUACAAACUGAACAUCA